CUCUGAACGAGGAGGAGCUUGCAGGCUCAAGUAGUGGAUGCCAAUCAAAGCAUCAACUUCAAAUUGUAUCUGAGGGAUCAGCCUGGAGACCUCAGGGCCAGGCGCGUCAGUCGGAGCGCAAUUGUUGAUCUGAUCACAUCCAGCGGACUUUGCGCGAGAAAAGAGAGGAAGCCGAGAUUUAAGAGCGGGUUGUUUUGACUGCGUACACCUCUGUAUGUCUGUAGUAGCUGCGACUUUGGCUUGAACACUCUCCCUUCACUCCUGUUGGGUUUCUUUUUUUUUUCUUUUUUUCCCCUCUCAACUCACACCUUUGUUUUUUUUUUUUGUAAGCACAGUUUGUCGGACCAUACAGCUGUGCGACAUUUUGGUGGAGGAGAUGUCUUUCCCGCAGCUCGGCUACCCGCAGUACUUAAGUGCCUCCCAGGCGGUGUACGGGAGCGACAGACCGGGAGUGCUUUCGCCUUCGUCCCGUGGAGGGAGCACCGAAAUCGGGGGAAGUCCUUCCGCCACCGCGGCGGCGGUCACGUCAGUGUUGGGCAUGUACGCCAACCCGUACGCACACAACUACAGCGCUUUCUUACCUUACACAAGCGCGGAUUUGGCUCUUUUCUCACAAAUGGGAUCCCAGUAUGAUCUGAAGGACAGUCCCGGCGUCCACCCUGCCAGCUUUGCAGCACACACCUCCCCGGCCUUCUAUCCAUAUGGUCAGUUUCAGUACGGGGACCCGGCCAGGCCCAAGAACGCCACCCGGGAGAGCACCAGCACCCUGAAAGCCUGGCUCAACGAGCACAGGAAGAACCCGUACCCAACCAAGGGCGAGAAGAUCAUGCUGGCCAUCAUCACCAAAAUGACCCUGACGCAGGUUUCCACCUGGUUCGCCAACGCCAGGAGGAGGCUCAAGAAGGAGAACAAGGUGACCUGGGGGAGCAGGAGCAAAGAGGACGGGGAGGACGGCAACUUGUUCGGCAGCGGAGAUGAAGCGGAGAAGAAUGAAGACGAGGAGGAGAUUGAUUUGGAGAGCAUAGACAUAGACAAAAUCGACGACAACGACGGGGAUCAGAGCAACGAGGACGAUGACGAUAAAUCGACAGAGGGGGGCAGGGAACACAGAGGCGGUGUGGGUGCAGGUGUAGACUUGGACAGUUUGGAGAAAAGACGGGCCUUCGCCCUGCAGGCCCACGAGGCCUUUGAUAAAUCAAAGAGCACAGUUCCAGUUCACCCAGGGAGUAAAGAGAACUCUGACGGCAACAACAACAACACAACAAGAGUUUUUUCCCCGGACAGAUCCGGGACUUUUCCUCUCCCGUCGAACAACAAGCCUAAGAUAUGGUCUUUAGCAGAGACCGCGACGACUCCUGAUAGUUCCUCUCAGAAACCCACGUCCCCCGGUGGCCCAGCAGCCACCACGCAUCCAUCAGCCCCACAGCACCAGCUCCAAACCCACCCGGCCUUCCUGCCCAGUCACGGACUGUACACUUGUCAGAUUGGGAAGUUCCACAACUGGACGAACGGGGCUUUUCUAGGCCAGAACUCCCUGCUCAAUGUGAGGUCGUUUCUCGGGGUGAACCAGCACCAUCAGCACCACCACUUGCAACAGCAGCAGCAGCAGCAGCAGCAACAGCCGACGUCAGUGGUGGUGUCUCCGGUAGCAGCUGCAGCAGCACUCAGCAAUGACAGCAAGGCCCAUGCAGAGAGCCACAGUCCCAAACAUAUAGACCAUGAAAACGGUGCAAGGUCUGUUUCGCCUCCAUCACAGACCCUGAAGUCCUCCUUUCGACCCAUCCACGACAGAUCAUCUCUGCCUUCCAGCACCAGGAGUCCACAAGACGCCACGCAACGGGUCCUCACUGCUCUCUCCUCGGCUUGAUCAAGACAUUGUUUUUUCGUGCUUUGAAA